AUGUUCAUGUUUCUCCAAAUCUGCAGUCAUGUUGCUCUCAAAGAGGAUUGGUUUGCCGUUCCGUCGGAUGAUACCAGACCCACACCACCAGUCCAGUCUCCCCUCACGAUCACAUCAAAGUCAAAGGAGGAAGUCCCUAAGCAUCAACGCUGCGAGCCAGAAGAGUUAUCUCUAUUUCCAACGGUUUACUCUUUGUUUCCCAACAAUGAGAUUCCGUUUCCAGAUUGUACUCAACCUCCUUUGAGUCAAAAUGGCAUCUGUGAUACAAGUCUCAGCACAGAAGCCAGAGCAGCAGCCCUAGUUGCUGAACUCACAUUGGAUGAGAAGGCCGCCAAUUUGGUCAACAAUGCACCCGGCGUUGAACGUCUUGGCCUUCCUCCUUAUGAAUGGUGGAAUGAAGCCCUCCAUGGACUUGCUGGAGUUUCUCCAGGUCAGGGAAUCAACAGUACCUUCACUCAGGGAAACGUUGCAUUCAAUUCGUCCACUCAGUUUCCAUCUCCCAUUGUUCUUGGAGCGGCAUUCGAUGACCAACUCGUCCAUGAUAUUGGAACAGCGGCCGGUCUGGACUAUUGGGCUCCCAACAUUAAUCCCUAUCGUGAUCCCCGAUGGGGUCGUGGUCAAGAAACACCCGGAGAAGACCCUUUUCAUGUUGCACAGUAUGCUUAUAAUUAUGUCGUCGGAUUGCAAGGCGGCGUCGGCCCAGCCAAACCCAAGAUCGUCUCGACGUGCAAGCAUUUUGCUGGCUACGACAUUGAAGAUUCCGAUGGAGUGGUUCGCGGUUCAUACAACGCCAUCAUAAGCACUCAAGAUUUAGCCGAAUACUACCUCCCCAGUUUUCGGUCUUGCUUCCGCGAUGCUAAGGCUGGAGCCGUCAUGUGCAGCUACAAUGCUGUCAAUGGGCAUCCUUCGUGCGCCAAUUCUUAUAUGUUGGAAACUGUACUACGCGAUCAUUGGGGCUGGAAUAGCUCCGCUCAUUGGGUAACCGGAGACUGUGGAGUCGCCCUUGCGCUCAACAAUGGCACAGACUUGGACUGUGGAACAGCGUAUUCUUCAUAUAUCGCAUCGGCCGUUCAGAGCAACUAUACUACAGAAGCUCAGCUUGACCAAGCUCUGGGUCGCCUUUACGGCUCCCUUAUUGUCCUGGGGUACUUUGAUCCACCUGAAGGUCAAGACUAUCGAACUCUAGGAGCUUCCGACGUGAAUACGCCAGCUACGCAGAAGCUUGCUUACACUGCACUUGUCGAAGGCAUUACUCUUUUAAAGAAUGAUGACAAUAUCCUACCUAUCCGCCCAACAGGUCAGACGGUCUUAUUUGUCGGACCUUGGGCUAACAAUGCUUCUGUGUCAAUGUUCGGCAAUUAUAAUGGGGUUGCUCCUUAUAAGACUAUUCCCGUUCCGACCGCAAAUAGCUCUUCAUACAACUGGAAAGUAACAUAUUCGCAAGGAUUGCAGUAUGUUCUGUCAAACGAUACGUCACAGUUUGCCGCUGCAGUUAGUGCUGCCCAGGAAGCCGAUGUAGUGGUAUACAUUGGUGGAAUUGACGAGCAGGUUGAAGCCGAGGCUCAUGAUCGAACCUCCAUCGACUGGCCCGGAGCGCAGUUGGAUCUUAUUCAACAGCUAGCAGCAGUGAAGCCUGUUGUCGUCGUCCAAGUGGGCGGUGGCCAAAUCGAUGAUUCCUCUCUUUUACAGAAUAGCAACGUAAAGGGUCUGCUCUGGAUGGGUUAUCCCGGCCAAGAAUUUGGACCGGGGUUGAUUGACAUACUCAGCGGCGUUGCUGCGCCCGCUGGAAGACUACCUGUUACACAAUAUCCUGCAGACUAUAUCAACCAGGUCCCAAUGACAGAUCAGUCUUUGCGGCCAAGCUCAUCCAACCCUGGGAGAACAUAUCGAUGGUAUAACGGCUCAGUGAUACCUUUUGGCACGGGCUUGCAUUAUACAGAGUUCAAUGUCACAUGGGCGACAGGAGGCAGCGGCAAAGGAACAUACGAUACAGCUAGUUUCAACGAUGUGGAAGAUCCAAAGGACUUGGCUGAAUUUGACACCUUUCAAGUUAACGUGGAGAACAUUGGUUCCACGCCAUAUCCCCUGAAGACUCUGGUAGCUUAUGCUCGCGCUCAUAACGUUCAGCCUGGAGCGACGACAACGCUCGAUCUAAAAGUCAGCGUCGGACAAGUUGCACGCAAUGAUGCCAACGGAAAUCUUGUUCUAUACCCCGGUACAUAUACGCUACAAGUUGAUUUGGAGAAUCUCAGUGGGCCAACAGCAGAAUUCCAAGUUCAAGGAACAGAAGCUGUGCUGGACCAAUUCCCUCAGCCAUAG